AUGCACAACCCAUCUUCCUCCACCCCGUCCAUUAUACCCCUUCUCAACACCGAUGGACCAGCAAGCUCAGACUCACCGACACCAACUCAGCAGCGACCAUGGCGACGGCCAUUCAACAACACCAAGUAUCAUCAACUCGGAUCCCGGGAAAGUGGCAUCGAGAUGGAUAAUGGGCUGGUCGAGACCCGGUCAACGACCUCGCACGAGUCAACGACGAAUGAAGAACCCAAAUAUAAAUGGACCAAACGAGUCCGCAUUGCCGCUGGAGCGGCCAUUGCCGUCCUCAUAAUCAACAUUAUUCUCACGGUGAUCGCGUCGGGCAUAGCAUAUUCCAAGUUUGACGGCCAGCAAUUUGGCUUCGCCGUCAUAUACCGCGGAUCAUGCAAGCUGUCGAACAACUGGACGACCGGUUUGCAUUUAUUAAUUAAUAUCCUCAGCACAAUCGCCCUGGCAGCAAGUAACAAUUGUAUGCAAUGUCUGAGUGCGCCUUCGCGCGAGGAAAUCGACCGGGCGCAUGGGCAGUAUACCUGGCUCCACGUCGGCACAGCAAGUUUACAGAAUCUGUGGUUUAUUCCUGCCAAACGGAGGUGUCUAUGGUUCAUCUUGUUCCUCACCUCGUUGCCCUUUCAUAACAUAUACAACUCGGCUGUGUUCUCAUCGGACAAUCUCAAUUCCUUUGAAUUUGGCCUUGCGACUGCCGAUUCCGACCUUACGAAUAUGUCCGUCGACAACGAGAGCUGCUUUGAACAGGCCGUUGGACAGGGUAUGUCUGAUUCCACACACGGCGGCUUUGAAUAUCUGGACCACGAAACAUGCACUCGGACAAUUCAAAGUGCGAUGCAUGAGACCAGGGCAGACUGUGUCGCCUGUGCUCCCAGCCAAGGCAUGAUUAUAGUCUUGUCGGACGACAUUGCAGGGAUAAAUCAUUCAGUCAUAUACAGGCUGCAAACCGUCGAUACCAAUGGCGACGGGGCUGUGGACAGCCAGCCUCUACCAUGGGAAAUACCUAUAUGGGGAGUUGACAUCCCGGUACCAAAUGGCACGGUGACGGUUGCUCCUUAUGAAUAUCGUGUCCUGUAUAAGCCAUUGGCCGGUAGUGAUGCCGAAUUGCAUAAUGAUAUGGAAACACUGGCAGAUUAUCUCGGUUAUAUGACUUCACCCAGAGAGGCUGCGGAAGGAAAAGAUCUCCAGGCGUUCCUUGACAAUUCGACAAACUGGCAAAAUGCUUCCUGGGCUUCCAGUGUCUCCUUACGGAAAGAGUCCGUAUGCACCGGUUACACUGGCAUCACGACCCACAAGUGGAAUCCAUAUCAUCUUGCCGGUUGUCUCAGCCAGAAAGUCCCGGAAAAGUGUGAAUUGCUAUUUUCUCUGCCAUUCUGCCUUGUUAUCAUUGCGUGCAAUGCUAUUAAAGUCAUGUGUAUGUUACUGGCUGUCAGCGACGACAGGUUGGAUGUUAUCUUGACAGUUGGCGAUGCAAUCGCCUCCUUUCUGACUCACCCUGAUCCCACAACCAAAGGUCGAUGCCUGAUGUCUAUUUCGAGCGUGAGACAAGGACCUCAACUCUGGAAAGAAGAGCGAUGGCUACCUUGGAAGCCAUCCAGAGCAUCCUCGGCGAUUGCAAAUCAAUCAGCUAAAGGAUAUGCGGAUAGACUCCCCGAAAAGAAGAUCAGAUGGCAUCGUGCUGCUGGGUCUUCUCAAUGGGGCGUGACAAUUACCUUAAUUCUGCUAUGCCUGGGCACUUCGGGAAUUCUUUAUUGGGUGAUCUUCGAAGGGUCUGUAUACCAGGAAUGGUGGAUGCCCAGUCUCUGGCACCGGAAUAUAGACUCGAUACCCGCAUUGGUUCGACGUUAUGGCAGCCCGCUGCCCGUACUUCUCUUUGCAAACACUCCACAACUACUCAUGUCGACGCUCUACCUGCUCUACAACAACUUGCUGACGCACAUGCUCUUGGUCGCCGAAUACGCGGACUAUGCGUGCCACCGCAAGAGCCUCCGCGUCUCUUUCCCCAAAGGCAGUCAAAGAUCUACAUACUAUCUUACCAUCCCGUACAGAUACAGUGUGCCACUUCUCAUUGGAUCAGCACUGGCCCACUGGCUUCUAUCCCAAAGCAUAUACUACAGCCGCGUACUGCAUUAUGACAAAUUCGGAAACCCUUCCGCAACCCCAGUAACUGACGGCGCCUAUUUCAAGGGUCUGCCGGUGCUUUUUUUCAUUGGUUUUCUCAUCAUGAUGCUUGUUUUUGCAGUCACCUUGGGAUUCAGACGGCUCAAGGGGAACCUGCCCCUAGCUGGGAAUUGCAGUGCUGCUAUUAGUGCAGCUUGUCAUCCACCGGAAGAUGAUCGGGAUGCAGCCCUGAAAAAGGUUAUGUGGGGUGAGGUUGACAUGAGUUCAGAUACUGUGUCUGAGCCAGAGUAUCACCAUUGCAGUUUUACCUCAUACGAGGUAGUGACACCAUGUCCUACACGACUGUAUAGCUAG